AGAAAAAUCAAUCCAAAAGAUAAGCUCCGCUCGCGAUAACUGGACCGGUUCACGGAUAAAUUCGAAUUUAUUGGGUAAAUUUCCGCACCAGAAACGUUAGGUAUUGAGUUAAAUACCAUUUAAAACUUUUCGGUCCAUGUGGUUUGAAAAACUAAGCCGAAUAUGUGGUCUACUGUUAGGAUUACACAGAGCUUGAAGUUACUCUCUCGGCCUAACCAGUUCCGACGAUUUUGCACCCGUGUUCCAGAGGUUGAUUCUAAUCCGAAGUCCACCAAAGAUGGGAGCGACCAGAAUGAAAGUGCUGCCUCCGACAGCGUUCAACAGGUGAAUAUCCUGGUGGAAAAAAUGGCCGAUAUUACGUUGAUAGGAUUGAAUAAGCCUCGCAUCCGUAAUGCUAUCAACGUAGCCAUGGGUAAAGAACUGACGGCUGCUAUCGAAGCCUUCGAGGAGGACGAUUCCGCGUCUGUGGGUGUGCUGUACGGAAUCGGAGGAUCGUUCUGUUCCGGAUAUGACCUUUCGGAACUGGCCAACCCAGAUAUCAAUCCCCAGUCGGUGGUACUUCAGCCGGGUGGGGUGAUGGGCCCUACACGAAGGAACUUUAAGAAACCCAUGGUCUGCGCCAUCGAGGGUUAUUGUGUGGCCGGAGGAAUGGAGCUGGCUUUGAUGUGUGAUUUGCGAGUUAUGGAAGAACAGGCAGUUAUGGGUCUCUACAAUCGACGAUUUGGAGUUCCGCUAGUGGAUGGUGGGACAGUUCGAUUGCCUGCCAUUAUUGGAUUGUCCAGGGCACUAGACUUGAUACUCACUGGACGAGCAGUUCGUGCUAAGGAAGCGCUUGAAAUGGGAUUGGUAAACCGGGUUGUAGCAGUUGGCACCGGAGUGGGACAGGCCUACAACCUGGCCAGCAGCAUUGCCAAAUAUCCGCAAAUAUGCUUGAGACACGAUCGGAACUCGGUGUACCACAGUUUGUUCGAUGCCAAAAGCUUUGAGGAAGCAAUGGAAUUCGAGGUGCUUUCAGCAGAUCAAAAACUUCUUGCAGAAGCAGUCUAUGGAGCCACCCGGUUUAAGGAAGGUUUGGGCAAGGGAGGUAAGUUUCACGACAUCAAGGUAAAAUUCAUACCCGAAUGGGAAAAAUCCGAAAUUGCUCACGAGCAGCAGCUGGAAAAGUUUAGGGAUAAAAAAAGGAACAAACCGAAAGAUUAGUUUUACGAUUAAUUUGUAUUAUAGUUGUUGAAUAA